AUGUCUCUCCUAGAGCGUGUGCGCGCCAUUCGUGACGCCUACUACAACGAAUGCAGGGAUCGACGUAAUCUUUUUGACGAACGUGGCCGACGACUCGACCACCCGUCUGAUAAAGGUGCUGGGGCGAGUUACCCGCGGCCGAGGGUAAGACGCGGGGUGUGGCGUCGUGGCGUCGCAGGCAUGAGUGGGAACGACGAUGAAGACGCAGACGAGAGUGGCGACAGUGAGCAGGAGGAUAGUAGUGGAGAGGAAUCAGAUACUGAGAGCGAUGAAUCCGGAGACUCAGAAGAUGACGAGGAUGAAGGUGAUGCAGAAGCUCCCGGCAUAUCUUCCAAGACUUUCACACUCAUUCGGCGUUUGCACCAGGAUCCUCCUCCCGCCCUCGUCAUUCCCCUCAUAUUCCCCUCCCACGAAAUCCCUCCCCUCAUCCGAGAAUGGCUGGGCAUCAACAGAAGUCUUACGAGCGGUGGAUCCCACCGCAAGAAACCAUGCGUCAAACAAAUAGGGCGCAGACGGACGCUUUCCCGAGUCCUCUCUUCUUUUGCAACCCUCCCUUCCACUCUUGUAAUAUCUACUCGCUGCUGCUUCUCCCCUAUCACUUACGUUCUGGAAAAGCUUAAGCUUGUAGCUCAGUCAGCUUGA